CAACGGCAACUAUGACAGAUGAUGUGGUCCAGAGAUCUGUGGGAACUGUGACUGAUGCAGCAGGACUAUCCCUCCAGUGCAAUGAGGAAGAUCAACAAGACACAGACCCAGAGGACAGCUCAGACGAGGACGAUGAAGAUUGGCUUCCAGGUGAUGAAUCUGAUGAUGACUGUGAUGAAGCAAUUGAUGAACUGGAUAUCACAGACCAUCAAGAAGACAGAGCCCAUAGAGAGAGGAAAUACAUAGUCUAUGAGAGUUGCUUGAAAGAACUUUUGUCAUCCUGUAGGAGUUGUCAAGAGCAGUGCAGAGUUGUGAUAAAGAGGUCAUUUGUGCGCAUGUUGUCUUCCUGUGCCGCUUGUGGAUUUGUGUUCAGUUGGGGUAGCCAGCCCAUGACUUCAAGGCUACCUUCUGGAAACUUGGAAGUAGAAGGCAGUAUUUUAUUCUCAGGGGCUAGUGUAUCCAAAGCUCUUCAACUGUUUAACAAUAUGAACAUCAUGUGCAUUAGUGAAAGGACAUUCAGGAACAUUCAGAGUUCAUAUCUUAUGGAUUGA